GGAGGAGGAGGGGGGCGUCCGCGGGCCGGGGCCCCGGCGCCCAAGGCUCGGAAGAAGCGUUCCCGCGCCGCCUUCUCGCACGCGCAGGUGUUCGAGCUGGAGCGGCGCUUCAACCAGCAGCGCUACCUGUCCGGGCCCGAGCGGGCGGACCUGGCCGCCGCCCUCAAGCUCACCGAGACCCAGGUGAAGAUCUGGUUCCAGAACCGGCGCUACAAGACCAAGCGCCGGCAGCUGGCCGCCGACCUGCUGGCCUCCGCGCCCCCCGCCAGGAAGGUGGCCGUCAAAGUGCUCGUCCGAGACGACUGCAGGCAGUACCGGCCCGGGGAGGUGCUCAGGCCGCUGCGGCCGCCCCCGCUGCAGCCCGCCCCGCUGCAGCCGGCUCCCCUGCAGCCGGCUCCGCUGCAGCCGCCCCCGCCCCCCUAUUACUACCCCUAUUACUGCCUCCCAGGCUGGGCGCUGUCCACCUGCGCGGCCGCCGCAGCAGCCGCCGCCGCCGCCGCCGCCGCCGCCGCCGGGACUCAGCCCCUCCGGACCCAGCCCGCCGGACGCCACAGGCCUGCUUGGACCCAGGGCCCUUCCACCCAGCCCGAGAGACCCAGGCCCGCUGGACACUGGACCCUCCGGCCCCGGCCCGAUAGCCCAGGCCUGUUGGACCCAGGCCCCUCCGGACCCAGCCCGCUGGACACCACAGGCCUGCCGGACCCACGGCCCUUCGACCCAGGCCUGUUUGGCCCCGGGACCCUCCGGAUCCAGGCCCAGUGGACCCAGGACUCUCCGGACCCGGCCCGCCGGACCCAGGCCUCUCCGGACCCGGCCCGCUGGACCCAAGCCCGCCGGACCCAGGCCCCUCCGGACCCGGCCCGCUGGACACAGGCCUGCCGGACCCAGGCCCCUCCGGACCCAGCCCGAGAGACCCAGGCCUGUUGGCCCCGGGACCCUCCGGCCCCGGCCCGAACCCUCCGGAUCCAGGCCCGCUGGACCCAGAACCCUCCGGAUCCAGGCCCGCUGGACCCUGGACCCUCCGGACCCAGCCCGCUGGUCCCAGGCCUGUUUGGACCCAGAACCCUCCGGAUCCAGGCCCGCUGGACCCUGGACCCCCUGGACCCAGGCCUGUUUGGACCUAGGGCCCUUCGACUCAGCCCUCUAGGCCAAGGCCUGUUGGCCCCAGGACCCUCCGGAUCCAGGCCCCCAGGACCUCCGGACCCAACCCGGCCCGCUGGACCCAGGAGCCUCCGGACCCGGCCAGAGAGAGACCCAGGCCUGCCGGGCCCGGGACCCUCGGGACCCAGCCCGCUAGGUCCAGGUCUGCUGGGCCCAGGGCCCUCUGGUUUCAGGCCCGCUGGACCCAGGCCCCUGAGACCCUCCGGACCCAACCCGCUAGGCCCAGGCCUGCCGGACCCAGGACCCUUCGACCCAGCCCGAGAGACCCAGCCCAGGCCCGCUGGACCCAGGACCCUCCGGACCCAGGACCCUCUGGAUCCAGGCGUGCCGAUCCCAAGACUCUCCGGACCCGGCCAGAGAGAGAACCAGGCCUGCCGGACCCGAGACCCUCGGGACCCAGCCCGAGAGACCCAGGCCUGUUGGCCCCAAGGCCCUCCGGAUCCAGCCCGAGAGACCCAGGUCUGUUGGCCCCAGAACCCUCCGGAUCCAGGCCCAAUGGACCCAGGGCCCUCCGGACCCAGCCCAAUAGACCCAGGCCUGUUGGACCCAGGCCGCUCCGGAUCCAGGCCCCCAGGACCCUCCAGACCCGGCCCGCUGGACCCAGGCCUGCUUGGACCCAAGAUCCUCCGGAUCCAGGCCCCCAGGACUCACUGGACCCAGCCCGCUAGGCCCAGGCCUGUUGGUUCCAGGACCCUCCGAAUCCAGGCCCGCUGGACCCAGGAUCCCAGGACCCUCGAGACCCAGCCCCUGUUGGCCCCGGGGCCCUCCGGAUCCAGGCCCGUUGGACUCAGGGUCCCAGGACCCCUCGGACCCAGCCCGCUAGGCCCAGGCCUGCUGGAUCCAGGUUCCCAGGACCUUCCGGACCCAGCCCAAGAGACCCAGGCCUGUUGA